AUGGCUGACGAGAAGCAGGGGGCUGAGAAUCGUGCGAGAUUCCUGGCGACACAUGAGAAAGGAUACGAUUUGUAUGCGGGGCUGGAGGGAGGCAUCGUGGAGGAGGAAGGAAAGCUGAUCUGCUUCGCCUGGAUGUUUGUCUUGUCGGCAAAGGACGGCAAGGUUGGUAGCGCAAGAACAGCCACAUUUGAGCUGCCGGAGAAAGUAGCAAAGCUUGUACGGGAAGGAGUCGAGCUGGGGGAAGCAGACGACCGGGUGUUUGACCGGACAGACUCAAAGCGCAAGGGAGGGACGGUGGGUUACUUGAGCAAGGGGGUGGUUUCAAGAACAGAAUACUACAGGCAUGCGAUGGUCAUGGCAUUGAUCCCUUUCAUGAACGAGGAGCUCUACUAG